GUGUGCUGUCUGUCUGCUGGGUGGUAGCCUCACGCAAUGGCUCUGUCUCCUGCUAUGGAUGCAUCUCUUGACAAGGAGGCUGCCCUUCGGACGGCUCCAGCGUGCAAUCUGAAUGGGAACUGGCACUACCAAUUCCGUGUCCUUUUGUUGGGUGAUUCCACUGUGGGGAAAACCUCUCUGCUGAGGAGCUACACUGAGAGGUGCUUCGUGCCGGAUCCAUUCCCCACUGUAGGUGUGGAGUUCUACAGCAAGGUUAUGGAGCUGCCGCCAGGCAUCAAGGUGAAGCUUCAGCUGUGGGACACAGCUGGUCAAGAAAGGUUCAGAUCCAUCACCAGGUCUUGCUAUCGUAAUGUGGUGGGCGUGUUCUUGGUCUUCGAUAUGACCAACCGAAGUUCCUUUGAGAACAUCUUUGAGUGGCACAACGAAGUGACAACUGCCCAGGUAAUGGACAAAGUAAUUUUCCUUCUGAUUGGCCACAAAAGUGACCUCCAGUCAGAGUACAGAGUCUCCACUGAGGAAGCCGAAGGGAUGGCCACUUGUCUGGGAACGCGCUUCAUUGGAACCUCAGCGAAGGACAACACCAACGUGGAUCUGGCUUUUGACACCAUGACCAAUGCUAUUUAUGAGGCUCUGAGAAGCAAAGAAAUUGACUUGCUGGAAGGAUGGGAUGGCGUCAAGGUCAUUCAUAAAAAGCCUUCCAGCAGUCACCAGAGGAAGAAGAAGAAGAAGCCAGAAGAUAAAUGUUGGUGUUAAUGAGGGUAAAGACUGGGAUAUGAUUGGGAGAAAUGGUCCAUUUUGAAGCCCAGUUACCUCAGAAUUUUUCUACAUCCCAGUGCCUGUCAGAUCCUGACAAAUUUUCUGUGUCUCCAGGAGCAAGCCCAAAAAUUAAGCAGCUGGACUAAAUUUCAGUUUUCAGGGGUUUGCAUUUUAAUGACUGUAUUUUCUAAUUUUUGUUACUAUAAAAUCUGAUCCUAACCUUUUCAGUUUCUCAUGAUGUCAUUAAAACUAUUGCACAAUUGUAUAAAUAAAUAUCGGGGAACCAUUUUUGUCAUCACUACAACACAAAGUUUACAUCUAAACCUAACCCAACUUCUCCCCAAUUUCUCUUAACUUCACUAAUAUUUUAAAAAUCUGUUUCAUUGAAUUUUGGAACCCAUUUAGAAAGCAACUGGUUAAGAAAUGUAUUAAUCUACCACCAUCUGAAUGAUGUAAAGUUAACAUAUAAACAAGCAAUGACAAGAACGUC